CAAGUCUUUCCCUGUCCCCGGGUUUGGCUGGCACUUUAUUCUCAGGUCUCUCUCCUCUGAGGCAAAAAUGAAGCCCAUCGGGAGGACAUUGGUGUGGACUUUGAUGAACAGCGGUCAAGUGUAAUAAGCUACGAUGCCGUGUCAGACACUUCGCAGAUUGGGUCAAAAGCUGGUACAGAAACGUAAACUGGAGAAGCCAGAGGCUACAAAUAAGCAAUCCAGAAGCCUGAACACUGUGGAAUUAAUGGUCCUAGGUUUGGACUACAUACUGGAUAUAAGUGUGUAUUUCCUGGCUGGUGAGGUAGCUAGAGAUAUAGCAGGACCAUCUACUGUGAUCUGCUUUUUGGUGGCCGGCCUAGCUUCAGUGUUGGCUGGACUGUGCUAUGCAGAGAUUAGUGCCCGGGUUCCACACUCUGGCUUUUCAUAUCUCUACACUUAUGUCACUGUAGGCGAACUUGGGGCUUUUGUCACUGGCUGGAACCUCAUCCUCUCCUUUGUUGCCUAUACAGCCCUCGUGAUCCAGGCCUGGACUUUGGCUUUGGACAAUCUGUUUGGGAACCAAAUCUCUCAGGCCCUGACUGAGAGCAUUUCAUUGCAUGUUUCCCGUGUUUUUGCAAAAAUUCUAGGCUUCUUUGCCAUGGGCCUGGUGUUGUUGCUAAUAGAAUUGCUGACUCUGAACAUUAGGCAGCUUUUUUUGGUUUCUAAAGUGGUCACAGUGGUGAACCUUUUGGUUGUCAGUUUUUUCAUCAUCUCUGGCUUCAUGAAGGGGGACCUGCACAACUGGAAGCUCACAGAAGAGGACUACAUAAAGGCUGGACUCAAUGAGACAUCUAGCCUGGGUUCUCUGGGCUCCGGAGGAUUCAUGCCUUUUGGCUUCCGGGGGAUUCUCCGUGGAUCAGCUACCUGCUUCUAUGUAUUUAUAGGUUUUGGAUAUAUUGUUGACAUAGUAAAAAGAACCCAGAAUCCCAAGCGUUCCAUCUCCAUGGGUAUUGUGAUUUCAUUGCUCAUCUGUUUUUUGGUGUAUUUUGGUGUCUCUGUGGCACUGACUCUUAUGGUGCCUUACUACCAGCUCCGACCUGGAAGCACCUUGCCUCAGAUAUCAGCCUGAGAUGGAGAGUGGAGGAAAUGAAGCACAGGUACAGGAGGAGAAUGGAUCUGCAACAGAGAAGCUCACUCUACACCGAAUAAUUUUUCCAGACAGCUCCACCCCCACUCCACUCUCUGGCUAGGUUGUCUCUGUUUGCUCCUCACUGCUUGCUCUACUGCUGACUCUGCUCUGCCUGGUCCUGGUGCAGACCCAGUGGCCAGGUCUGCUUUCUGGAGACCCAUGGUGGAUCACAGUGGUUGUGCUGCUCCUGGUGCUCAUCACUGGGAUCACUGGGGUCAUCUGGAGACAGCCACAAAGCUCCUCUCCCCUCCACUUUAAGGUACCUGGUCUGCCUCUCCUCCCACUCCUGAGCAUCUUUGUGAAUGUUUGUCUUAUGAUGCAGAUGACAGCUGUCACCUGGGCCCUACUUGGUGUUUGGAUGCUGAUUGGGUUUGCUCUCUACAUUGCCUGCGGGAUCCAGUAUAGCCUGAUCUCUAACCAUACUUAAGUUAGGGCCAAAAUUGUAGACCUGAACUCAGCAGUACCAGUACAUAUUUGGUUGGACAUUAUCAUACCUGAAUGCAAUCUGAUUCCCCUGCAAAACAAUGGGGAGAACUCUUGAGCUGAUGGAAUGUGGGGCUUCCCAUGGAUAAUUGGUAGGAAAAUACUAAUACAGCUCUGCUUGUGUUGUGGAGUGAAGGAUUUUUUUUUUUUGGUUGCUUUUCUUUUUUUACUAGUCUGCUUUUCAAUUGUGUCUGUAGCUUCUUGCUGCCUUUAAAACAAUUAUUAUUAAAAGAAACUAGACAAAGUGUUUUUGUUUUCCUUGGGUAAAUACACAAGAGGGGAAAUACUGGGUCAUAUAGUUAUUCUAUUUUGAAUUUGUUAAGGAACAAGCAUACUCCUUUCCA